GGAUGACUUCACCGCUGUCUUCCUCAUUGAUGAAGGAGCGACAUCAGUUAGAUUAACGUCUUAUAGGAUCUAUGACAUCACAAAGACCCGUCAUGACAUCACUUCCUGUAUGAACGGCUUCGACGCUGAAGACAAGUAGCAUUUAUUUACAAGAUUUUCCCGUUACGUGUUGAAGACCACAUGCUGCAGUCCACUGUCUCACACACUGUCUCCUGUCUCUCAUACUGUCUCCUGUCUCUCAUACUGUCUCACUGACUGUCUCCUGAUGCAGAGAACAUCUGGUAAGCCGCUGUCACUUUUUGCCAUGGUCACAUGAUUCUACUUUGGGUGGAGGCGGAUGAUGGCGCCAUCUCCCUCAGUAUAAAAAUGACACUCUUCAUCAUCUCAAUGCCGUUUUGUCUUCAGAGUCAAAAGCCCAAACGCAGCCAUCGCUAAAGUUGAGAUAUUUCAAGAAGGUCGCUCAAUCACCUCCAGUGUCAACGCGUCUGUUCCUCGUGUGAAGGCCCCACGAGGCCUGUACUAAAAGCUCUCUGGCUGAAUUCUGCUUCACUUUAUCAAGGUCACCCUUUGCACGAGGAACAAGGAAUCCUCCAUGACCUCCAAUGUCGAGGAGUCCCACACGGUUCUGUGCUUGGACCGAUUUUAUUUACCCUGUUUAUGCUCCCUUCAGAAUGCUGCAGCACGAGGAUUAACAAGAACUAAGAAAUGGGAUCAUAUCACUCCUGUAUUAGCUUCUCUGAUGGAGGUUCUACCUGAUGGAGGUUCUAUCUGAUGGUGGUUCUCCCUGAUGGAGGUUCUAUCUGAUGGUGGUUCUCACUGAUGGAGGUUCUAUCUGAUGGUAGUUCUAUCUAAUGGAGGUUCUAUCUGAUGGAGGUUCUACCCGAUGGUGGUUCUCACUGAUGGAGGUUCUAUCUGAUGGAGGUUCUACCUGAUGGUGGUUGUCACUGAUGGAGGUUCUAUCUGAUGGUGGUUCCAUCUUAUGGAGGUUCUAUCUGAUGAAAGUUCUGUCUGAUGGAGGUUGUCGGGCUUACACCUCGCAGGGGGCCGCUGUCACUUGUUGCCAUGAUCACAUGAUUCUACUUUGGGUGGAGGCGGCUGAUGGCGUACACUUGGCUUACUACUCCCAAUAUUUGAAUCAUCUCUGUCACAUGAACUGAAUGAACUAAUUUAUAAUUGGCUAUACAAAAUAAAAUGGAUUGAAUUGAAUCUCUUAGACUAGUUUUCUACUGGUGUUGGCUUUAGCUGGAGUCAUCAUCACUACUACUGGCACCAAGCCAUUUCCUACAGAAGUUGCACAGAUUGUCCAACUCUUCUGGGUAGAAGAGACGCCAGGAGACAGGUGGGGGACAGACAGUAGGACCCUGGGGACACCCUUCUUGUGCUAUAAACAGCCUCAGAUGCCAAUUGGUUGACAUAAAGGAAGUUGAAGUGAAGCUGACCUCCUCCCUCACCUGUCGGCACGGAGAAGGUGAAUGUCGACCAAUCAGACGCCGGCUCUGCUGUGUAAUGCAGCCAAACCUGUUAGGGGGGUGGAGACACAUUGAGUCUGGGAGAGAGAGAGGAAGACACACAAAGACAUCCAGACGCUCACACAUGCUGGUCAGAACACGCCGUGACAUCACUGUGACAUCAUGAACUCCCCCAGCGCUCACACGGACAGGGCUCCUGUAGGGGCCCCGGCCCCCCCCAACAUCCAGGACAUGGAGCUGAGGGAGGAGUGGCAGGACGACGGCUUCCCCAGGCCUCUCCCAGAGGAUUGUGGGAGUCCGGAGGAGGCAGAGAGCCCAUCAGGAGACGAGCAGCAACCAGCCCCGCCCACCAGCCUCGACCUAUUAGGAACCAUUGGGGGUGCGGCUAAGAAGCGUCUGGUGGCCCCAUCGCUCAGCCUCACUCUGAGCCGCAAAGACUCUCACGACCCGAGCAGCGACGGGUUCUCGGCCGCCGCGCUGUCGGCAACGCCGGAGGAGACGCCGUCCUUCGACUUCAACCUGGAGGCCCUGGAGACGCCCUCGGGCAGCGAGACGGGGACGCUGCCCGACUUCAACAAUGAGCUGGAGUGGGAGGAUGACCUCCCCCGGAUGGCGGCUGCAGGGUCCGUGUUCAGGAGCCCAUUGGAGCAGUCCGAGGACCUGAUGGAUCUGGACCAGACGGACACCACUGGCUGCCGCUGGCGGAGGUUUUCCGUCUCAGGACACGAAUUCCACGUCAACAUGAGCGUCCUGGAGCCGUACCUGCAGGUCCUGUCGCACGGAGGUUACUAUGGAGACGACAUGAACGCUGUGGUCCUGUUCACCGCCUGCUACCUGCCGGAGAACACGGUGGAGAACUACGAGUACGUCAUGGACAACCUGUUCAGGUACAUUGUGGGGACCUUGGACCUGAUGGUGUCGGAGAACUACCUGUUGGUCUGCCUGUGUGCGAUGGUUCCCAGAAACAAGCUGCCCUCCAUGAAGUGGCUCCAUCAGUGCUACGCCUCCAUUGACAGGAGGCUGAAGAAGGACCUGAAAGGGCUGCUGGUGGUCCAUCCUGCCUGGUACAUCAAAGCACUGCUCACUGUGAUCAAACCCUUCAUUAGUGAGAAGUUCAGCACUAAGAUCCGGUUCAUCAGCAGUCUACAAGAAUUAUCUCGGUUAAUUCCAACAGAAAGUAUGCAGAUCCCAGAUGUCAUACUCCAGUUUGAUAAGAAGUUGAGAAGAUGACGAUCACAGAGGUUGACGGACUGGACGGUUACUAAAAGGUCAAAGGUCGCUUGGGUCCUCUCACCCCCCGAUAACCUUUGGUCUGUUUAGAACAAAUACAAAGACUCUGGGUUUAUUUAUACUGUCUUUAAAUCAGGGGAGGGUAAGUUAAAAUGUCAAACUCAGGUGUGUUUUUACCUGUGAAGCUGAUUGAGGACUAUUGAUCCUCAAUCAUGCGAUCAAUGUGAGUCCGCAGUUUGUGUUGGUAGACUUUAUUAUAGUUUAAAGAGCCGGCUGCCUGUUACCUGCAUUAAUGCACAACUGUAAGAAAAGCAUCGAUCAAACCUUUUUGAAUUAGAACUGAGUGAUUUUGAUGUUUCCAAGUAUUGGCGUAUUAAAAUGGUUCACAAGCAAAAAACUGUAUUUUAAUAAAAUAUUUCUUCAACUCGGCGAAUGUAAAGUGGUUUUAAGUUUAUUUCAUUUCUAUUUUGACACUGAAAUAAUUGACAGUUAUAAUAUCCUAAAAUGAGACGUUUGUAUUCUGUUAUAGAAGAUUAAAAAUAACUCAACCGUUC